AGAAGAACAAGAAGUAAGAGGCCGAGGCGCAUUCAACUUGGAAACAUUCAUCUUCAACAUGAAGAAGAUAUGGAUUUUCUCCACUUAUUCUUAUUGAUAACUACAGUAAGAAGUAGAACAUGAUAUAUUCAUUGUUCUCAGAAGCCUGGUGCUGCGUUUCAUUUUUAAAUAGUAAAAAUAGAUGAUGAUGAUGAUGAACAAGAUGCCUCAACGACAAGAAUUUUUCAUAGGGCAACAUGAACAAAAUGAAAUGCGGCGACUUCUGUAUCUUCUAAUGUAGAAGAAGUCCACCUGGAUCCUUAGAAAAUGGACGAGGAGGCGAGAGACCGCGCCCGCCGUCUCGCAUUACGGGAUCGUGAGCGGAGGGCUCGGCGAGGUGGAGGUGGAGACCAUAGAUUUCUUUCGGCCUACGGGAGAAGUCCGCUAAUUCAGGAAAUGAAUCAGGAAGCGAAAGAUCAUUAAGGCUAGGCAUCUUUAGGUGUUUCUGUUUUUUUGCCGUUUGUACUCACUCACUCCCCCGGAGUUUAAGGGAUAAACGCAGAAAAAACGAGGAACUGAAACGCCACAGCCCUAGCAGUAGCACCUCUAAGAUCGGAAUCAAGAAGCGAAUGAUCACAAUGAUCUGCAAAUAGCGAAGGAAGUUGAUGCAAAGCAGUCCUCCUCUGUUUCGAUGGAUACGCAGUCCCCGUCUAAGCCACCAGAUUCCUCCGUGGGCACCAGACUCUUAAAAGAGAGGCUGAGACGUGACUUCGAGGAAUUCCGGAAGGAGUAUCCCAAACUUCCUGACACCUACCUUCUCGAAAUGUGGCGGAUGAAAACCGAUCACCUUAUGCAGAAAGGUUCUUAAUUAAUAUAUUCUAAGUACUUAAUCAGAUAAGUCUAGUUCAGUUGGAAAUACAAAUGCAUCUUGAUCCUCUCUAACUACAGACACUUUUUUCAUUUAUUGGUGUUGUACCAAGGAAGUAGAAUUAUAGCUGGUACAACAUAGGAGGAAGCAAGAAGUAGAGGAAAAUACCUCCCAGAUGUUUGUCAUCUCUUCGAUGAUCGCUCCUGGAAUUUUCCUAUUAUUUUCACCAUUUUUCAUCUCUCUUCUAAUUAUAGGCAGUUCUUGGAUGGACGUUCACCAGCUAAAAAGCAAGAUGACAAAGAGGAAGAGCAGAACAUGAACAACAAUAACUACAAUAAAGAAAGGAGGGAGGGCGAGGGCGCUCUGCCUGCGAUGGCUGUGUAUUCGACGAAGCUAGUGGGUAACGCAGAUAAACACCAGACUGCUCCACGUCCGCUUGCAGAGAAAAUUAAUACAACUGCACAUGGCGACGUCCACUAUGCAGCAGAUGAAGAUACCUCCAGGGUGCAAGUAGAAAAGGCUACAGGGGAUACUACUACUAGUACCAAGAAGAUAAACCCAGACCUACAACUAGUUCCACCCUCAACUCGAGGGAUUGACGGAAAUACGGAAGAAGAGCAAGUCAAGUCGGCCACAUUGUCGAAAACUGCUGGUCGCGUAUCAUUCGGCACUGUCGAGGACACACAAUACUACAACAAAAACACGGUUGACGCGGAAAGUAGAGCGUUCGUCGUCCCUGAAGAAGGUGAACAGGGUGGUCGUCGCUCGCCGCAGGCAGCCAUUCCAGCAGUCUCAAACUUCUUCGGCUCCGAUGGAGAUGCCUCUCGUGAGGCAUGGAAAGAGAGAGCACGUGCGGUGGCCGAGUACAAUUUUCGUAAGACUCAAAGUCUCAGCAAUACACUUGCUGCUCAGCUUCGCUCUUCGUCGUCAAAGAAGAAAGAAGACAGCAUGGUAUCGUAAGAAGAUGACUACUCUCGCCACGUAGUUUGACUGCGACAACUAACACUGAUGUAGAAAGACCUCUAGUAAAAGAAAUAUCGGAUCAGGUCCACAACUUUUCAAAAAAUCUCGACAUUUUUGAAUAACCGUUCUUCAACGGGUGCUCAGCUUGAAGAUAACCCGUUGUGACUGUGACUCCCUGAAUUGUCCAUUACGACCGGAGAUCCUCUUCAUCUUGCUCUUUUUAUUCGGUAAAAGGACCUUAUCUCAAAUUCGGAAACAGGCUUUUUACCUACUUACUAGAAUCUUACCACUUACAGGAGUCCCCGAACACGCCUUCGGGGAAGAGCGACAAGACGGCUGUAGUUAAGGGGACCGGACUACCGCUACCUAGUAUUUUGGCAGUGGAUAGGGAAGACCAUCACAGGCGCGAGCUUACCAAGGCAUCAGCCGAAUACAAUGCAGCUUUAAUAAAAGAAAAGGAAGCGGCGCUACGCCUCAACAUCGCAGAGGCGAAGCGAGCUGCUAGAGGAGAAGAGGAAAGUGGGCUGUUCUUAAGGCUCCUGCUCAUGCAUAGUACUUCUUAUAGAUAUCUUCAUAGAUACAUAGCAGUGGGACUCCUUACAAGAUAUGUAGGAUAACAGCACAUUCUGAGAUAACCUCGUCAUGUCAGAGGCACACAUCAGUAAGACUUAAAUGAGUUUGAGUGAUCCUCCUGAUCUCAGGGUGUGAUGUUGAUGUAGUUGCACUUUAUUUUUAGUUGGAAAGAACAGGAUUGAAGGCAACGUAAGGAGUUCAUUUACAAUCGAAUCGCAACAACAAGUAUGAAGAAGUGAAUCACGUUGAGAUCUAAUGCGAGACGAGGCGAACAGGAGAAGAAGCGAACAGCAGAAAACGAAUACCGCAGCAUCGGAUCUGCCGAAGCAGGAAGUGAGAAAGAAUCUUCAUGGCACAACAUCUCUAGGUGGACCAUCUUCCUUAUGACACGAAAAGUGUGCCCAUCGUCGGAAAGUUCGCUACUUUUGCACUUAAAUCCUAGCUACUUUAUUGAGUAUAGUGGGCACACUUUUUCCUGUCAUGUUCCUCCGAAAGUAGAAGGGCGUUUGAAUCAAAUGCUGAAGUCGUCACUCGUCGUCUGGAUGUUGCAGCAGAAGUCCAUCACACGCAGAAAAGGGUGGAUGAUAACUCGAUUGGAGAGCAGACGACGUAUUUCGGUGGUUGUAGCACAGCAGACGACAAGCGAAGGAAAGAGCAAGCAAGGGAGGUCGCAGAAUUUAACAGACGACACAAGCCGAGAUCUGAAAAUGAUGUGCAGAAGACAAAGAAGAUGGACCUUCCUUCAGUUAAGAGGACUAGUUGUACUUAAGGGAUAGCUCCUUCGGUUUCAUUUUCUUCAGUUAAGAUGACUAUUCUUCGUAAGAGAUAACUUCAACUUAAUUUUCUUCGGGGAAGAGGACCAUUUGUAAGUAGAGUAGACUUCACAACUCGACAGAAGCACUUUUUGUUUUUUACUUCUAAGAAUACUUCCACUAAAGUUGCUGCUUCUGAAGGAGCAGAGAUGGCUAAAGAGACUCUCGACGAUACAAUUGGAGCACAAGAGCAUCGUGAAGUAGAUCCUCAAGGCGCAGAAGGUGGUGGCAGCCUGAACAGCUUAGGAUGUGGUGGCAGCCUGAACCUCCUAGGUACAUCUUUAGUGGGUCAAAAAGACGCUCAGAAACAAGUUGACGAGGGUCGGCGUCGCUUGGCAAGGCUUGCCGCAGGUCAUAACAGAAUCGCCACGCUGGAUAACGAAUUGGCCAACCUCGAAGCCCUCGAAAGGCGGGAACGCCAGUUAAGGACAGGAGGGCCGUGAACUAAUACCUCACACCCUUUUCGCUAAUUAGGUACACCAAGCCAUCUUCUAGAACUCAGGAGCUUUUUCUUGGAGCCACCUGCUUCUAAUACAUGUUCUAGGGCUCAGGGCUGGAGGCCCGCCCCCAAUCUAACUUUUUGAGGGGGGGGGCCUGCCCGCCCCGGACCCUCUUUUCGAGAGGCUGCCGGGCGGGAAGGCCUCAAAGCGCCCACUUCUGACCCCUUCCCGCUUCUUGCCUGUACCCUGGAGCGCCACCAAGCCAGAGGGCGCUGAAGCUGGCGAAGGAGGCAAGGCAGGGCCCCGCUGCCUUGUUGCAUGUACCCGACAGACCUGGCAAAGGAGGCAAGGCCGGGCCCCGCUGCCUUGUUGCCUGUACCCUACAGACCUGGCAAAGGUGGCAAAGGCAGGGCCCCGCUGCCUUGUUGGGAGUACCCUACAGACCUGGCAAAGGUGGCAAAGGCAGGGCCCCGCUGCCUUGUUGCGUGUGCCCUACAGACCUGGCAAAGGUGGCAAAGGCAGGGCCCCGCUGCCUUGUUGCGUGUACCCUACGGACCUGGCAAAGAUGGCAAGGCUGGCGCCCUCUGGCGUGUUGCGGUACUCGACAGAGCUGGCAGAGGAGGCAAGGCGGGACCCACCCCCUUGGCGUGCUGCAUGUGGCCAACCAUACAGACCGCGCAAAGGUGGCCAGGCUGGACCCCUCUGGCGUGGUCCACCGCAGAUCCAUCCACAGGGGGGGGGCCUCCCUCCCUGGUACGUACAUAGAUGUUGUUGCGCCAACAGAUUCAAAUGGGUACUUCUUCUUGGUGUUACCUCUUCUAAGGCACAAGCUAGAGGCGGCAGAGGCCUCGGCACCUGAGUCUUUGAGAAAACUUGAGGCUGUAUCUCGAUCUCCAAAAAAAAUGGGCGCCACGAAUGUGAUUGCAGCUCCUUCUAUCGAGCAGGUGGAACAUGCGAAGGGGCCUCGUCCGGGAGUAAAUCAAGUAGGUCGAGCAUCAAACAACGUGGAUGAGAUGAAGAGCGGUCCUGGUGGGCCAUAUAUGACUGAUGCCGAGAACAUCAACAUGACUAACAAGGACUACUAUAAUCUGCAGCCUCAUCAGAAUCAGAACGACAACGAGAACGAACUGAGUGAUAAAACUAUAAGCGACGAGGACCCCUUUCAGAAAAGAGACAAGCUCGCACGAACGGGACUGCUAGGACAUACACGACACUUAAGGCAUGACGAUCCCUCGAAGGACAUCAUUGCAGAAAAAGCAACAGAGGACGCCUUUCUUACUCUUUCUAGCGGUAGAGGCCACCACGCUGUGGAUCAUUCUGCAGUUCCACAUCUCCUUUUACCAGAUCAAGAAGCUGAAAGAAGGAUCAAGAAGCGUGAGCAGGAGCUUCUCGCCUUCGACUACAAUCGUCGCAUGGCUAGGCAAAAGCAAAGCAGCGCAGAAGAGCAGCGGGAAGCGGCACAUGGAGGUAGUCGUCGAAAUGAGGAAGUUGUGAAGCCUGAAGUCUCGCAAGCAUCUCGGCACGCUGCAGAAGUUGCAGCAGCAGCCUAUAACAAGCGACUAAUAGCUAAGACGACGAGUUGAAGCAUUUCAUUGCUGCACCCUUAGUUCCUCGUCGAUUAGAAUUCCUCUCUCAGCAUUGCUACGUAGAAGAAAGUGAAGCAUUUGUUUCAGCCUCUAAAAUAGAGCAGAAGCAUGUUGAGGCGCGCAGUCGUUUGUUGGAUGAGCGGAAACGAGAACAGCACGAAAGGGAUAGUGUGGUUACUGGUGUAGGGCCUUCGAUCUACUCGGGUAUGAGUGCAUCAGGCAUCGCGAACAGUGCGGAGGCUGCUGCACCAGUGCGAAAGGAGGACAUUGCGCCUCAGAGAAGUACUUCUUAUGCAAACAAGGACAUCGGUGGACCACUUAUGACAGGAAAAAGUGUACCCAUACCCAUAGUACUCAACAAAAGAGUAAGAGGCUGAUUCCUACUACAACUUAGAAAGUGCCUAUCUUCUUCUUGCGAAUGAGUAAAUUUAAAUUUUUUCCUUUUAUUAUACCACCUGGAGAUCCUGCUUCUCGUUCUAAACAUGAGGAUAAAAAGGAGACCACGAACUACUACAAUUACAUCGAGCCCGCGCAGCCAUAUUCGAACCUCGUUGAUUCACGUGCUCAGGAAAAGCGUCUCCGUGACCUCGCAGAACUACAUGCGAAAGCAGAUGCUCAUAGAGAGGGCAAUGAAAGGGGUCGCGAACUGAUCUACGAUAAGCGACGUCUCCUAUUAAGCGUCAACCAAUUACAUUUGCUUUUGCAUGGACAUCGUCCCCCUCCAUCCCUUACCAUUUUUCUAGGAGGAAAGAGGUGAAGGAGAAGGAUGUUCUGAAGAUGAAUGUAAUGUUGCAACCUCUAGUCUUUACCGAGAUCGAGGAAGAUGAAGGAAGCGAGUGGAGAGCGCCAGACUUGUCGCUGGCUAUGCAGGAAGCAUACGCUCAGCGAGGGAAAGACUUACUCUCCUUUUACAACGCAAUAUUAUGGUCCACGUGUUAGUAAUAUCCAUCUUCAGACCAGACUAAUCAUGAGCAGUGGGGAGUAUCUCCAGAAGGAGCAUCUCGAAGCUGCCUAUCUUCUUCAGAAGCUUAGCAUGAUUCAUCUUAUCAAGGCGCAUCCCGGAUUUCCGCAUCUUCACCAUCUCCAGAACCCGAAGCACCUCGAAGACUCCCUUUUCCCAUGAAAUACAAGGGAAAAAGGACCGACGAGAUGAAUAAAACCCGACUGCUCUAACAAUAUCAGAUCCUGUUACCACAUCAGCAGGUGGUGCAGACUCCAGAAGCGCUGUGCCGCCAUCCUUUGUGUCUGCUUGCUAUCCGGAGGGCGGGACGGAUCCUGCCCCUGAGGAAGUUGUAGAAGCGGGUUUACGAGGAGCCGGGAGAAUAAGGGAGCUGCAACAGGUGGCCCCCCAUAUUACAGGAGAUCCAUCAUAUCAUCGACAGCAGCCGAGCGGUCCACCACACGACCCGGAGAUGAGAGGGCGAGCCGGAACCGAACACCCACCUUCGUUGUUAAGGCUGCAAGGGAUCCAUGAUCUUUCCUAAAAACACAUGCACAUCACGAUGUUGCUGAGAGCCUUUUUGAAUGGCGUUGCUUCAAUUCUUAACUGUAGGUCCCAAACAAAUCUAGUAUUGUUUCUUAGACAGGAGUACAACGAACUGUCGAUGUUGAUCGCUAGUACUCAGGUCCAAUCUAGUACGAGAAGACCACAGGAGUUGUAUGUAUAGAUGUAUAAUCGUACCUAGGCAGUAUGGGUAUGGUGUAAUGUACUUAGCUCUAGUAAUCUUAGGAUUGGUGAUGUACUUGUACUACGGUAGUUCUAAGGUUAAGAUUGGUGUUGCAAGCCAAAGAGACAGAAUGCCGCGACGAGAGGAGGCGGAAGGAGAUGGCAGAGGAGUGUGCCGAAUACAACCGCGCCCUGUGUUAAGGCUACCGGUCCUGAAGCAUGUCCUUAACACCAUGAUCCUUGGAUCUGCGUUUUCGACGUGGCCAAGGAUGCCGCUAAGGAUGCACCCAGGGAAGCGACGCGGUGGCUCUAAUUAUGGAACCAGCAAGCAGCACAACAAGCGCGCCGCGGGGGACGUGGCCGCGUGGACAAGUCGCCUUAUGAUAUAAAGAGCCAUAUGAUCAUCUUAACGUCAAAUUAUAUCUACUAAUCGAGUUCUCUAACAAGUCUAUUUUCUAUUUCUACCAGAAAAGGACUCACUCUGUUGAAGACAUUGAAUUCUAGAGGACCACUAGAAGUUGUUUCGUGAUUUCAAUGUCAAUCUCUCUAAUUUGAAGAGGGAAAGGGAAGUCAUUUUGAUGGAGCAAAAGCCAUUAUUAGUGUUGCACCAGCUGAACAAUAUGGUGCAGCUCAGAAUGGUGCUCAACAACCUAGCUGGAGUCCCAGCGAAAGGGCUCCAGCUGGAGACCCGUUCGCGCCUGGUGAUCCAAAAGAAGAAGCGUUGAGAAAACAAGACGCAAAAAGGAAACAGGUACUUCUACUUCCUUCGUUUAUGUCAGAACAGUUAAUACUAGCGGAGCAUUCACAUUGCAGUGCGGCGAAGUGGAGGCGCCCUAUCCUAUUCUAUCCUAUGAUGCUCUUCCCUUGUUGAUGUUCUUCUAGAACAGUAGUUCUAGUUAGUUACCUAAAAAGAUCAGUUACUUGGCUUCAUGAUGGACAUCUUAGAACAGAUCCUUCAUCAACUAUACUUUGGCAACUCUAGUACUUGUUCGAAAUUUUGCUGAUCUUCCUUCUCUUUACAACUGUGAAGAUGAUCUUCCUUACCUAGUACCUGUCACGAAUCGAAAUUAUUUAAGCUUCUCGAGUAUCAAGCGGAGCUCGCGAAGCAGAUUGCAGAGAAACAAGAGCGCAAGAAUGCUGAAGCUGCUCAGCGGCAGGCAGAAGAAGAGCGCGAAGAUGCGCGCGUUAGACGCGUCGUCGCGGAAGAUUAAGGCUCUCCUUGUAAGGAUUUAUAGAUAACUCGUGUAUGUGUAAGAUCAUCUUGUUUGAGCAGUCACCUCGAUGUGACAGCGAAGUAGAGGCAUCCUAUCUUUUUAUGCUAUCUUGUUUGCUAUUUUAUUUGAGACUAUUCUUGAUGGCAUAAUUCACUAGCUGCACUACUUGUGUGUGAACAACUGUUACGACAGACUGAGCAGUGUAUGUGUAUCCGCACGAAGCUCUAAGGAGGAAAAGCGGAAAUCACCAAGCUACAGGAGGGCAGAAAGCAAAAUUACGAAAACUUACAAUACGCCACACUAAGUAUUAGAGUACUAGUACUACGAGGGCUAGGACUUCUACUAGCAAGUAGAAGAUUCUGCCGACAGCGCAGUCCUCGUGUAAAGAUUAAAUGGAGUACUGCUCAGUACCUCCGCUUCUGGUACUCCUAGCAUCAAGAUCAAGAAGAAGAAUUGAUGAAGAUCAUACGAAAUGCUGUUUCUCGUCUAACAGUAGUAUCAAGAUGCCCGUGAUGCAAAUGCCAACUUGAUGAUCGGUGGACGGACGCGUGCUGCUAGCGUUUCUAGUGUCGAGAAAUUAAGGAUCAUGAUUGCUUGUAUUUUCAAUUUGAAGUUGUAAGUAUGUUUAUUGUUUUUUACUGACCACACCCCUCGCCCUCGUCUCUACAUCGGAAAAUACCUGUAACCGAAAAAACACUCCCCUCUACUCUCAAUCUUCCCCCGUCCUAUUAUACUAUCUAAGUGUGUUGUUCGUUUUGCUCAUAAGUUCUAAUGAAGCAGGAGGAGGGGUAGACUAGAUCUUAACUAAACGCCGUCUAGUCCUUUCCGCAUAAUUUUACCUGGUGGUUGCCACGAGGCCACCCACAGGUCUCGUUAUUUUAGUCUUCUAAUAACGAAGGAGGUGUCGUUUGAGUCGGAGAGUCGUGGGAAUGCAAAUGCCCAACCUGCGUUACAACGCGGGAGAGGAAAAAAUCUUCAACAUUUGGAGACAAGUUUUGCUGGUAUUCAUUAUCUUAAUCUUAUAGUUUAUUAGAAGAUGUGUUGUAAUAUCUGUAAUAUAGAUAUGUACACCAUGUUGUGAUUUAUGACAGCCUUGUCUUCGAGUAGUUUCACCUCGUGUGUCGUAUUCGGCACAACGCAUGACUUCGAUCGCAAACUACAUUUGUUCCAUCUCAGUUCCAAACUAUUGCUUUCUUCAUCUACAGGAGCACGAGGGCGAGACCACGUAGUGGAGCAGGACGCAGAAAAAAUGGAGAAGCGCGCGAAAAUAGCGGCACAACGUAGAGAACUGGAAAAACAGAUUGAAGAAGCGCAGCUUCUUAAAAAGGCUCAAAAACAAAGGGAACAAGAUUACGGCUCCGAUAAUGAAUGAGAACAUGAAUAAAUCAUCGUGGUCGGCACAACAAGAUGGGAAAAUAGAUCGUUCAUGUUUCAUAUUUAGUACAACCCUCGAUAGUCACUCAAGUCGAUAACGAGAUCAGAGCGCGGUGAAUGAACUUCACAAUGGCAUGGCGUUCCACUGCAGCAGACUAUGAUUUUUUAACAGUUGAAGGAUUAUCAAAGACCACGAACUCAGGAGUACUUCUGAAUCCACAAUAACAGAAGCAGUUGAAUGCGAAUUAUAUAUCGAUGAGACUUAAGACGUUGAGGGCUGAAGGCUAAAAACUAAAUUUGUCACUUUAGCGCUAAGAUAAAGCCGAACGUCUCGAAGAAGAGAGGAUCAAACGUGAUGUUGCCUUAGAACGUGACCGCUACGAGGCAGAGAAAGCUGCUAGGCGGCGAACAAAUUUAUGAGAAGAUCUUGUAAUCGAUAAAUAACUGAAAAAAUAAGCGAGUAACCCACACAAUACCCGAGUACUUGAGAUUAUUAGCUAGGCCGCUCUGUUAUUUCAGGGCAGACUAUCGAAUAAAUCUAGUUGUAAAUGUAAUGGAUAGGAUGACUGAUGCUCAAAAAGUCGAAUGUCACUUGAAGAUGAAGAUGACAAUUCUUGAAGUUGAAGAUGAUAAUGAAUUUAGUGGGGCAGGAGCGCAGAAGUAGCAAUUAGCAUCAGCUGCGUCUGGAGCUAUUUCUUUUGUUCAAAAAUUGUGAUUUUCAAGAAGGAUUUCCGAAUCUCACCUCUAAUACAAGAGGACGCCGCGCGACCACAACAUAUCGUCGACGGCAAAUCUGCGCAGCUACAGGAGCAUCAACAUACUAGUGUUAAGAAAGCAGAUGAAAGCAGUGGUCGAACAGCAGUUGAGAGAUCGGGUCGUGAAGAUGACCGAAUGCUGCACGAGGACAAUAGCAUCAAUAUUAUGGCAAUGGCUCUGGGCAUGAAUACCGAAAACAAGUUCAUGACGCGUACUGGAGAUGAGGACCCCCCUCAUGAAGGGGAGUUGAGGACUGCAGUGGCGUAUAAAGUCGUAACUGUAAGCCCUAAUAAUCCAGGACAGCCACGCACGAGUGGGCCUGGGCCAUCCGCAUCGCGACAACUAGCAGGUCAGCAUGCCCUUCAAGAGGAUUAUACCUAAGCUUGCGGGACUUAUUCAUGUCCAACUAUUAGGCCAUCUGAGCAGAGACAAAAUAUAGAUUAACUCUUUAAAAAACAGCAAAUAUAGCUUAGCCAAUUAAACAACAUCAUGAAGAUUAUCAUAGUACUAGGUAUCCGUAAAUGAGGAUUUCUAUUUCCUUUUCCUACUUCUCUAUGCCGGUAAUACUCGAUGUGCAGGAUCCAAAACCGAAGCUCUCUAAGAUACAUCAGGGAUACGAAGCGACGUGCUCUGUGAUCGGUCACCCGAAGCGCUCAAUGCCGCAGUGCUCAGACAGCAUCACGAGGCAAUGAAAUUGAAAGGCCUCUAUAGCAACAAUGAUAUUAAUCUCCGAAUGCCCCCUCCGGGACCAACAAGCUCCUCAACCUUAAGAGUUGUAAGAUAGUCGAUCCUGCUCUUUCAUUUCCGUGUGGACUAUGAUCCUGGGUGGAGUCACCUCGUUACACUAAUUGUGAUUUGAUCAAGAAGGUCGUGGGGGUCUUUAGGUUUAGGGGAACUAAAGGAAAUAUGGGUGGAAGCCACUCAUCUGCCUCAAGCUCAACACGGCGAGGAAAGGGAGUCCAGUCUUCUACCUUUAAGAAUAUCAGGCAAUGUUGGUAAGAAACGUAUUGUUUGGAGCUCUAAUAAACGGCGCAAUGAUCAGCACGACGGCUCCGGUUCUAUCAGGUGGACUGCACAAAAAUGGUCACCAGUCUCUCCUUGUCGACCAAUCUCAUCAUAAUGUUAAGGGCUAAGAAUUGAUAUUGUGAUGAAGAUAUUUUUUUCCGCUUCUCGUAAACUAUGCCAAAUGACCGGGUUGAUGACUGCAAUAGGAGAGGUCGCUUUGAAAGAGGUUACUCUUAUUCAAGUACUAUCUCCUUAAUAUUUACUUGCUCACUGCAAUUUUUCGAAUAGAUGAAAGCCUUAUUUUACAACUACAUUACUAUCAGGUUACAGCGGUGUCCACGCAAAAAUAUUAACCAUCAAAGAGAUUGUCUAAUACAGACACAACUGUCUUUCUAAUACAGAUGAUACAGCGCGCGUCGUUUCCGAAUUGAUGGCUCAGCAGCAAAAUUUUGUUCAGUGUCUGGAAACACAAGUAGCCGAGUUGCGAAAGGAGCGCGAUGCCGCACGCAAGGUCGUGUAUGAACUAAGGGACCAACGUCUGGAAGAACAGGCAAGCGAAUUGCGCGAAAUGAAGGAUGCUUUAAUUAAGGCUCAUCCUAUAUUCGUAAUGAUCGAUGCUUUGGUUGAGGCUCAAAUACUUUUCUUUUUAACUGAAUAGGUCGUCGUUUUGGCCUUAAUUACUUUCUGUACGCUUUGGUUAAGGCUCAUAGUAAGUAAUGUAGCUACCAAUUGCGCGAAAUGAAGGAUGCUUUAUUAGCGAUUAAGGCUCAACAUAGUUGUGCCACUCAUUAAAUGCGUAUGGCGAGCGUAAGUAUAUAUUUAUAUUUUUUAAGUGUAUGAAAAUUUUUGAUGUAAUAUAAGCAUUUGGGAGGAGGAAAGCGGAUCGAAAUUUUCAGCGGUGAAACGGGGCGCUCGGUGGCGGCAGGUAAGUGCCUGAUGUGAGUAGGUUUUCUUUAAACUAGCUAGUUAAACUAGAUGAAACUGAGAGGCGAAAGGGAAUCUGCGACACGGGAGAGCCUGGAAUCCUCACAACUCAUCUCGAAGUCGAACCGGAGCCGUCUCGCAGGGCCGUGGCUUGGGGCCAAGCCAUGCAGCUACGAAUCGCGUCCGCCCCUGAAGUCGUCGCUUUAUCAUGUGGCUGGCUCUCCCGUGUCCGUCGCCUCCUUUCGCCUCUCAGUUUCAAGAAUAUCUAACUUAAAUAGCUAGUUUAACCUACAAAUGAGUCACCAUCUUACCAGGUCCUUCGCAUCGGCAUCGGCUUCAGCUUCGGAAAUCAGCCAGCAAAUCCCCUUGAAGAGCUUUUUACAUCAAGAAUUUUUAUAUAGUUUGAAAAUAUAUACUUACGCUCGCCAUAAUGCAACUCUAUUUUUUGCUGGAGGAUUCUUUAUUGGCCAUUGAUUUGAUUAAGGCUCAACAUAUGAUUUCUAAGAAAAUCCGUCACACUGCGUCGGGAAGCAGGCGUUAAACGUUUGCUCCAUGCUUUAGUACUACAGAUCACUCCUGCCUCUUCUCUACUUCAUAUUCAUUUCGAUUGCAACAGCUUCUCUACCGUUAAUUAUUUGUCAUGCCUUUCUACCCUUCUUCUAAUUUCCCCGGUGCCGCAAGGGGUCCGUCAGGAGGUCGAGAAGGAGCACGACCACCGUUUUUAUUUCGAGGAGCCCUCGUUGAAAAGGGAAUCAGUGAGAUGCACUUUCCGCCGAUAGCAGGUUACUUCGGGACAAACCAACACUUGGAGCACCCAAGAACAGCAGGACCAAGUAGAUUGAUCGAGCAGUCUCUGACAGCUGACAGUAAGCUUCUGAGCCAUCUCGAAGGCGGCCAUGAAUUAAGGACCUAGAACUAAUACGGAUAUGAAUUAAGGACCUGCUGAGCCACCUCGAAGGACCUAGAAUUGACAAGGAUACGGCAUAGGCGCGCGCACGCGCACCUUCACCUAGUAUUAUAAAUGUUGAGAAUUAUUGUUCCUCAUCCUAUUCGAUUCGGAAGUAAAGUUUAGGGUCGUAGAAUCCUGCGAAAUAAAUGAAGAUCUUCUACAAUGGACUAGAAAAUGAUUUUACUUCUUCGAAGAUAGCGUCCCAUCUGAUACUUGUUCAACACAAUAGAACACGAGGAGGGCCAACAACCACAGAAGAAAGUUAGAGAAUUACGAUUAUGAUGAACAUCGAUUAUAUUGAAAGGUCUAAUGGUAAUAGGAGAACACCGCCUCCGCCAACAGAUGAAACCUGACCACGGCAAUGAGUCAACGCUGAGCGACCUCAUCUACUACGGUGAAAGCAUUCGCUAA